AAUGAUAUAUUAAGAAAGGAAAUUGAUUUUGAAUCAUUUAAUUAUGAAAUAGAUUAUACGAAAAAAUCCUUAUUUAAUGCAUGUGAUGAUUUUAUAAAAUUAUUAAAUGAAAUAUAUUAUAUGAUUGUUGCAUGUUUACGAGAUUCACCUGAAAUAAAAUAUCUGAAAGAAAAAUGAAAUUUUACAUCAAUUGCCAUUGUGAUUUUAGUAUAAUUACUUGUAUAGUUCAUAAAAAUAAAUUAAUUGAUUUUAUAAUUAAUAUGUCAAUUAAUUUAAUCAUUCACAGUUGGUGCACCGGGGUUAAUAGAAUAAUUAACGGAAAAAUAACAAAUUUCGAUGUAAAUGAUGAAAUUAAGUUACAAGCAUUUAAAUAUUGUAAUACACAUAAAAAAAGGAAAUAAAAUAUACUUAGCCGAUAAAUGUACUCUUUAUCUUUUGUUUUUUUAUUAUCUCCCAUAAUAUUAUUGACUAGACUAGAAGUUGGAAACUGAAAACUGGAAACUGGAACUGGAAAUUGAAAUCACUGUUUUAAAUUCAAUUUACAGUAAAUUGAAUUUAAAACAGUGAUUUCAAUUUUCAAAUUUAAAAACAUAUUUAAGAGAACUCUUGAAAAGCGCCAUCUACCCUAACCAUACAUGAAGUAACCACGCCAUCUUGUGACGGGGGCCCGUUAACUUUCACGCUAGUAAGUUGUUUUGAACGAUGAGUUGCGUAUCUAUCUCUAUAUAGUGUAUUAUCUAUGAUUAUACUACAGAAAUUUUGAAUUAACCAGACGUGUUCAGUGCUUGCUACUUGAUUGUUCGCGUGUGCUAAAUAAAUCUAAUUAAUUAUUACUUCAUAUCAAUCAUCAAAAGUUCUGCCCUCGUUUUGUAGAUACCUACGACCUAACUACUCAAGCAAAAUGAAUAAUAAUAACAACAGGAAUAAUAACAAUGGUAACAACAAUGACCCCAAUCCUUGGGUAACAGCAGCCGCUGUGGGCCUGACCGGGGCCCUCGUCGCAGGAGCUGUGUACAUGUUCAGUGGCACCAGGCAACCUCAACAACCAUCUACCCAGAAUCGGCCAAGGAUAGAACCCUCUAGGUCUUCUCCCUCACGCGGUAGUGAGAGACCUAAUAAUCCAUCCGAGGCUUCGGUCUCAUCAUACCUGUCUGAUUUGUUGAGCAGAAUGAGCACAUCACGGGGAGGUUCUGCAUCUAAUGUGACUAUUGAAGAGAUACCAAACAUCCCGGACAAUCCAAACAUUAGCAACCUCAAUGCUUUGCUAGCAGACAUUCAUGUUAGAUACAUAAAGCUAACUCAGUUUGGUAUCCACUACAGAGUUUUUGAUACCAUUUUCCAAGAUCUACAUAAGAAGAUGAAAGAAGUGGAUCCGUACUAUAGGAAAUAUUCGAGCACGGUGCAAUUCGCUGGCAGCCACUACGACAACUUGCGCAUCGUUAAACCAGACGAGUUUGAUAUGGACAUUGUGAUUGGCUUGCCUUUGAACAUCAAGACGGAUCCCUUCAACCCUGCACAGAGUGAUAUUGCCAUCGAGCCCAAGGCGCCAGGGUUCGUGCAACUCAAGAUGGGUGUGCAAUUCCAACGCCUGCCAAUGAGGGACAACGAAGAGUGGCUCAACAACCGCGCCGCCUACGAAUGGAAAGACGACUCCAACUACCUCCUACGCUCCAAGUUCACUGACUGGUUCAAGAGCGUAGUGAACAAGGCCCUCAACAAAUUCCCAAUGAAUAUCAACUCGCGUCCUAUCGCCUACGUGGAGGGGGUGCCCUAUGUCAUAGACAAGUCGGAGUCUGGGCCGGCGGUCACCUUGUUAAUUAGUAACGCUUCGAAGAGUUUCAAAUUGGAUGUUGAUUUAGUGCCGUGUCUGAAGUUUCCGGAGGAUCGGUGGCCGAUAAGCAACAGUUACCGUGAAAUACCGUCUCGUUGCAAGAAAGACUACUGGAUGGUGGUGGGCAAGCCGAACGAGGCGUCUCCGGUGGUUUUCGACAGAAUGCGUUCGUGGCGCAUCGCUCUGCAUAACCAGGAACGAGAGCUCAUGCAUAAUUCUUACAACCUGCGGCAGGCCAUCCGAUUUAUUAAAAAGUUGAGAGACUCGCUUGGCAUGAAAAAAAUUGCGAGUUACUAUAUCAAGACCUUGUUUUUCUGGGAGAUAGAAAAGAUUAAUAACUCAGAUUAUUGGCAGAGGAACAGCCCUGCGACUUUGUUUAAGCUCAUGGUUGGCAGGUUGUACGAAGCCUUGGUUGCUGGUAACAUCCCAUACUUCUGGAACAAGCAGAACAACCUCAUAGGUGCAGUUGAAAGAAAAGUUCUAGAUGACUACAAAGCUAAAUUGCAACCCCUUUUGGCAAUAUUAGAACAGCCAACACAGUAUAAGUUGGUAGCCAAAUAUUUACUGACACCUGCCGAAUUCGCUGAUUAUAAUGCCAGGUUUUUACACAUUUGAUAAAUCCAACUAUUUUAUAUUUCUAUUGGAACUAAGUAUAACUAAGUAACAUAUUGGAACUAAGUAAGUUAAGUAAGACAUAAUAAGCAUAGGUAUAGAAUUUGCAGCUAUAAAAUGAAGCCUAGAUUCACAUACGUACUGACUGAUAAUGAAUUUUAAUUCAUUGAAAUAGAAAGGUGCAUUUUCAUUCCUCUAUUGCAUUUAGUUUACUAUAACUUAACUUUUCUUUAUUUUUUAAGUGUUCAAUUUAUAUAUUGUAGAAGAAAUAGAGACUAUUAUUUUAUUUUUAUUGUCGGUAGAAUAUUUAUAAACCUAUCUAAAAUAAAAUUCUAAUGACAUAGUGUAGGCGCCAAUAGUGCCUUUAUGGUUACCUACUGAUGAAUCAAUGAUGAAUGAACGUGAUUAGAUUGCUUGAUAAUCAAAAGUACAUAGGUACCUGCUUACGUACUGUAAUAUGUGAUAUCAAUAUGAUAUGUAAUCAAAAUUAUAGUUAUAUGAACCUUAGUUUUUGCAGCAUUGUAAAUUGUUCCUACAAACUUGGAUUACAGAUAUAUUCAGACCCCUUUUUCUGUAGUUUUUUACAAUAGCUAUUAACAACGUAUAUUUGUGUUAAAAAUAAGGGACUGCAUAAUCUUAAUGAAUUUAAAGUGGAGAUGAAUAAAUUACCUUUAGUUGGACCAUAUCGUCAAAGUUGACAAACACUGAAAGCCGAAUAUAACAAUUGAUAUAUUUUAGCAUUCAGGUAUAUUCCACAUGUCUGUCUGUUUUCAUGUUUUUUUGGUUUAAAGAUAGAUAAGUAGGUACAAAAGUAAAGUACAAUAAUUAUACGUAGGUCUUUAUAAAAAUCUUUAUACCUAUAUCAAAUAUUUUAUCGAUAGAACCACUAUGUAGUUUUUAAGAUGUUGUAUUAUUGAAGUGACAUUAAAAAUGUUGUAUUAUUUUUAAGUGUAAGUGUGUUUAUGUUAAUUAUCUAUAUUUUAUUACGUACUCUUAAUAAAUGUUUAUUUAGUAAAA